ACGCCAGGAGAGGGAAGAGGUGCAGGCGUGGGCUGAAGGGGAGAGUGAUGACGACCAUUACACGCCGCUUGCAUCAGGGGCAGAGAGGCAGUGGACCGGUGGAGGAGUGGCAGCAGCCGGAGCAGCCGGAGCAGCCGGAGCAGCUGGAGCAGGAGCAGGGAUUGCAACUGGUUUAGGGGUAGCAGCAGCAGGAGCAUUUGCAGAAAGAGAAGCAGGAGGAGGAGGAGUAGGCAGAUUAGGAGGAGCAGGAGGAGUAGGAGGAGGAGUAGCAGCAGGCAGGGGAAAAGGAGCCCUAAGAGAAGGGUCCUCUAGAGGAGCCUCUAUGCAAGCCCUAGCCCCUUUUGCUGAAGCAACCUUCUCAUUCUCCCUCUCAGAACUCCACACAGCCACCAGUGGUUUCCACCCGAGCAACCUGAUUGGCCAAGGCGGAUCCAGCCAGGUGUUCCGGGGGUGCUUGCCGGGCGGCAAACUGGUAGCCGUGAAAAGAUUCGAUUCGCCGCCCGGGGCGGAGAGGGAUUUUAUUACGGAGGCGCGGCUUCUGAGCCGGCUGAACCACAAGAACGUGGUGAAGCUUCUGGGAACGUGCGACGAGGGCGGCGUGCGUUGUCUUGUCUUCCAGCUAGCCGAAAAGGGAAGCUUGAGGGAGCACCUCCACUCCUCCACCCUCCCCACCUCCACCCUCCCCUCCUCCAGCCUCCACCCCCCCACCCUCCCCUCCUCCCACUCCGCCCUCUCCCCUACUCCCACCAUUCUAGACUGGACUACAAGGCUGAAAAUAGCACUGGGGGCGGCCCAGGGGUUAGCUUACCUGCAUGAGGACUCCAGUCCGCAGAUUAUCCACCGCGAUUUAAAGACGUCGAAUAUCCUGCUGGAUGCUGAUUGGACGGCUAGGAUUGCGGAUCUGGGUCUGGCGAGAGUGGUGAGGGAGGUGGGGGGUGGCGGGCGGGGUGGGGGUGGGAGGGGAGGUGGGGAGGGGGCGGCGGGAGAGGAGGGAGAGAAGGGGGAGGAGGGAGCAGAGGCAGAAGAGGGAAGUGGGGAGGUGGGAGGAGGAGGAGGAGGCGAAGGUGGGGGCAAGGGAGGUUUGGAGUCCCACAUGUGCGGCACAUUCGGGUACAUGGCGCCUGAGUAUGCACUCACAGGGCGAGUGGCGACCAAGAGUGACGUGUUCAGCUUCGGUGUCGUGCUGCUGGAAGUGCUCUCCGGCCGCCCUGCCCUCGUGCCUCUGGAUCAAUUUCAGACGGCUGGUGAUGCAGCAGCAGCAGCUGUGGAGGAGAGUGCAGGGGUUGUAAACGGUGCAGAUGGUGCUGUAGGAGCUGUUGCAGAGGGAGCUGGGGCGGCAGCAGCUGAGGAGGAGAGUGCAGCAGUUUUGGAAGGUGCAGGUGCAGCAGCAGCAGGAGCUGCAGGAACUGGAGGGCCAAGGCCGGCUCUCCUCUUCUCUCCUCUCCUCUUCUCUCCUCUCCUCUUCUCUCCUCUCCUCUUCUCUCCUCUCCUCUUCUCUCCUCUCCUCUUCUCUCCUCUCCUCUCCUCUCCUCUCCUCUUCUCUCCUCUCCUCUCCUCUUCUCUCCUCUCCUCUUCUCUCCUCUCCUCUUCUCUCCUCUCCUCUUCUCUCCUCUCCUCUUCUCUCCUCUCCUCUUCUCUCCUCUCCUCUUCUCUCCUCUCCUCUUCUCUCCUCUCCUCUCCUCUCCUCUCCUCUCCUCUCCUCUUCUCUCCUCUCCUCUCCUCUCCUCUCCUCUCCUCUCCUCUUCUCUCCUCUCCUCUCCUCUCCUCUCCUCUCCUCUCCUCUCCUCUCCUCUCCUCUCCUCUUCUCUCCUCGCACAUCUCUGCAUGCAUGCCUGUGCUAAAGCAAGGCCUGCGACACUUCGCCGACCCCCGUCUGGGCGGCAGCUAUCCGCUGGAGGCCAUGGCGCGGGCGGCAGCCAUAGCCAUGAGGUGCACAGAAAGCGAGCCUUCAGCACGACCAUCAAUGGGGGACGUGGUCCAAGCGCUCCGAGCCAUCGCGUUCGAGCACUCUCCCAUGACCAGGUGCGUGUGCUGGGGCCACCAUACCCCUUCCUCUUCCUCUUCCUCUUCCCACGGUGACCUUCCUCUGCACCUUCUCCACUGGAAGCCAUGGCGCAGGCGGCAGCCAAAGCCAUGCGAUGCACGCAGGGAUGCUUUUGAGACUCAUUCUCAUUCCGCCUCUCUCCACCCCUCCGGGCCCCCUUUAACCUCACCGCAACACCUCUCAACCGCUCACCAACCCCUCACCUCCCAACAGCCUAUCACCGCUCUCCACCUCUCCGCACCACUGCACCGACUCCCCCACCGCUCCACACCCCAACCCAUCCCAGGCGAAGCCUCAGCGUCAAGUUCGGAUAUGCCGAACCUGGCAACCCGGUCUGGUUCGGCCGGACCAGUAGUGUUGGACGGACGAGGAGAGGGUGGAGGAUGGGGAGAGGGAGCAGCAGCAGCAGGAGGAGGAGGAGGAGGAGGAGGAGGAGGAGAAGGAGAAGGGAGGGAAACAGCAGCAAGAGGAACAGUUGUGCACCCUCAUGCACAACAGCUAGGAGCAGCAAACAACCCUCCCAACAGAGCCACUCGCUUGCACUCCCACUCCUCCUCUCGCCCCACUCACUCCCACUCCAUCCAGUUCCCGCUCUCCACUCCACACUCUCUCCCCCGCUUCCCCCCCUCUCCCUCUCACUCGCCUCACUCCCAGCUCUCUCACUCGCUCCCCUCUCCCUCCGCCUCCCCUUACCUUACUCAACCUUACACUACAGCCGCCCCCCCUGCCGGCCCCCCUGCUGCCUCCCCCUAUGUCUCCCCUUCCGCCUCCCCAGAUGCCUCCCCCUAUGCUUCCCCCUACGCCACCCCCUCUGCUGCACCCUCCUCCCCCUCUGCUGCUCCGUCCUCCCCCCUGCAUCUGGGUGACCUCUCCCCCCAGUCAAGAGGCGGCAUUCCGAGGCUGCUCAGGAUGAGCAUUCGAGGACUCGACUACAGGUCUCUCUUGUGUCUCUUGUUUCACUUGUCCCGUCUUUCUCCUCACAUAGAUGAUCUGGCUCUUCAUCCCACUUCAUCUGGCUCUUCAUCCCACUACAUCUGGCUCUUCAUCCCACUUCAUCUGGCUCUUCAUCCCACUUCAUCUGGCUCUUCAUCCCACUUCAUCUGGCUCUUCAUCCCACUUCAUCUGGCUCUUCAUCCCACUUCAUCUGGCUCUUCAUCCCACUACAUCUGGCUCUUCAUCCCACUUCAUCUGGCUCUUCAUCCCACUACAUCUGGCUCUUCAUCCCACUUCAUCUGGCUCUUCAUCCCACUUCAUCUGGCUCUUCAUCCCACUUCAUCUGGCUCUUCAUCCCACUUCAUCUGGCUCUUCAUCCCACUUCAUCUGGCUCUUCAUCCCACUACAUCUGGCUCUUCAUCCCACUUCAUCUGGCUCUUCAUCCCACUACAUCUGGCUCUUCAUCCCACUUCAUCUGGCUCUUCAUCCCACUUCAUCUGGCUCUUCAUCCCACUUCAUCUGGCUCUUCAUCCCACUUCAUCUGGCUCUUCAUCCCACUUCAUCUGGCUCUUCAUCCCACUACAUCUGGCUCUUCAUCCCACUUCAUCUGGCUCUUCAUCCCACUACAUCUGGCUCUUCAUCCCACUUCAUCUGGCUCUUCAUCCCACUUCAUCUGGCUCUUCAUCCCACUUCAUCUGGCUCUUCAUCCCACUUCAUCUGGCUCUUCAUCCCACUACAUCUGGCUCUUCAUCCCACUUCAUCUGGCUCUUCAUCCCACUACAUCUGGCUCUUCAUCCCACUUCAUCUGGCUCUUCAUCCCACUUCAUCUGGCUCUUCAUCCCACUUCAUCUGGCUCUUCAUCCCACUACAUCUGGCUCUUCAUCCCACUUCAUCUGGCUCUUCAUCCCACUACAUCUGGCUCUUCAUCCCACUACAUCUGGCUCUUCAUCCCACUACAUCUGGCUCUUCAUCCCACUACAUCUGGCUCUUCAUCCCACUACAUCUGGCUCUUCAUCCCACUACAUCUGA